GUUUUGUGUUCACAUUUGCAGCUAUUUAUGAGAAAUACAUUUCCAUUACAUUUGAGUUCAUAUUGUGUUUUAGAUUUCAUACCAUUUUUAUGUCAUUUUCAUACAAUUUAUAAAUCAUUUAAUAAUUUCAAUGUUUUUGUAAUUCAAAUACUAUUGAAUCAAAUAUAAUCGCAAAAUGAGUGGUGUCUUGGGAUUCACUUUACAUGACAUCAAGUAUUAUCUGUUGACAAACGGAGGUAUUGUUGAGUACCACGAGUUGGUUAAGGCCUUCAGACAUCACCUCUCGGACCAAAGCACGCAAAACGAGGCCAGGAAUGCCUUCAAAGACUAUGUCAACCGUUUGGCCACAGUUUGCACUCAACAGAAUCAAAAGUAUUUAGUUUUGAGACCAGAAUUCAGGGACCAGUUGUCGGAAAACAUACCUCAAGUGAGGACUGAGCGAAGAGUGGAGAGAAUGGAUUCACUCAAUAGUGUCGGCCUUCCGGUGGUGACGGAACCGCCCAUUGGUUUGCCGUUAGUCGACAACAACCGCACGAGACAUCACCCCAGACAUCAAAUGAGUGCCAUUCCUGUGACCAAUCCGUCCAAACAAAUGACUGACCCAUCGAUGGCUCACUUCCCAAACAUUCCUAUCCGUCAAAUGAGUUUCAGUCAUCACUACAACGAUGACAGCGAUUGUCCGCCACAACCACCG